UCUCGGCGACGGCCGGCGUCGCUCUCCCCGGGAAGGUGCCACACAGCCGGUGCUGCAGGAGCUCGGGAGUCCGGGCAGCGGGGCAUGGGAGUGAGCGGCGUGCGGCAGUCAGGAGCCAGCCGCAGGAACCCGGCACAGCCCGGCGUGGGCGAGGGGUUACACCCGGCCGCGCCGACACUGCGAUGAGUCCCAUUCCCGAACUCUCGAUCCAGCAUGGGCAGCGCUGUAUCCAAACGCAAAACCCCGCGGAGCGAAGCCAUCUCCUCGGCUGAAUCUAAGGUUAGAGCAGCCCAAGCUUUUGGAGAAUAUUUAUCACAGAGUGAGGCUGGUACCAGCAGCAACAAAUUGCCAGAUCAUCUUGUGGUAGAGACAUCAAUCGGCCCAGAAGACUCCUCUCAGCUCCAGCCACCAGUGCAGAACAAACGCCGCCUGUCUGCCAUCUCACAGAGCAGACUGGACCGCAGCUUCUCGGAAGAAGGGACAGAGAAGUCGACCGAGGCCCAGAAGCCCCGGGUGUACACCAUCUCCGGUGAGAGCCAACUGAUGGCAGAGAGGGAGAGCGAGGGCCCACGGCCCGGCAGGGUGGGGCAGCAGGCACCUCAAGGGCCCUGCAGCUCGGGCAGGAGCUGGUCCAGCAGCAAGCAGAGCUCCAGGGACUGUCCCGGCUGUGCAAAGGGCUCUGUGCCCACCCCGCAGACCUUCAGCCUGGAGCAGGCAGCGUCCCGUGAGCCUGCCCGAAAUCGCAAGAAGCUGGAGCGGAUGUACAGCGUGGACAGGGUGUCUGAUGAUGUUCCAAUCCGGACUUGGUUUCCAAAGGAAAAUCUUUUCAACUUUCAGACAGCCACCACCACAAUGCAGGCGAUUUCGGCUUUCCGAGGCUUCACAGAGCGGAAGAGAAGAAAACGGGAGAAUGAGUGUGCAGCUGUGAUCCAGAGAAAUUUCCGAAAACACCUUCGAAUGGUUGGGAGUCGAAGAAUCAGAGUUCAGAGUUUCUCUGAGCGACAAGAGAAAAAUUUAGGUCGCUCCUGGAGUGACCCCACACCAGUGAAGUCCGAUCUGAUGUGUGACCCCCGUGAUAGUCACGAGCUGCAGAGCCUGUGCGCUGCUUUGGAUGAUGACUUCGAUGAUCUCAGCUGGGAGGCAGAGAAGGAGUUGGAGCUGCUGUCGUGCGACGGUGAAGACUUUGUUCCGCCCAAGAUUAUGCUUAUUUCAUCCAAGGUUCCCAAGGCAGAGUACAUUCCGACCAUAAUCCGCAGGGAUGACCCCUCCGUCAUCCCCAUCCUUUAUGACCAUGAACACGCUACAUUUGAUGAUAUCUUAGAGGAGAUUGAGAGGAAGCUGACCACCUAUCGCAGGGGCUGCAAGAUCUGGAAGCUGCUGAUCUUCUGUCAGGGGGGUCCUGGCCAUUUGUACCUUCUGAAGAACAAGGUUGCCACUUUUGCAAAGGUGGAGAAGGAGGAGGAUCUGAUUCUGUUUUGGAGGCGACUCAGCAGGAUGAUGAGCAAGAUUAACCCCGAGCCAAAUGUGAUCCAUAUAAUGGGCUGCUACGUCCUCGGAAACCCCAAUGGAGAAAAGCUUUUUCUGAGUCUGAAGAAUCUAAUGAAUCCUCACCGAAUAUCCUUCGAGUCUCCUUUGGAACUGUCAGCCCAAGGGAAGCGGAUGAUAGAGACGUACUUUGAUUUUCGUCUGUACAGACUCUGGAAAUCCAGGCAGCACUCGAAACUGCUGGACUAUGAUGACAUCUUGUGAGAAAAGGAAAGAUGGUAUUGGAAAGAUCAAUUGUAACUGCUCCUAUUGUGAAGGACAUCUCCUCAGUGCAGAUGAUGGAGUGUCUGUGAAGGGACGGAGAAGAACCAGGACACAGUUCUGUUGUAUCUUAUUCGGAGGAAGA